UCCUAUUCACCGAAAAGAAGAGAACAUCCCCUCUUCACCCCCACCCUCUCCCUAAUAAAAUGCAAAAGAAAUGUAGAAAAAAAGAGGGCUCUUCUUUCAAGAGAACAACCUUCCUCUCUCCAAUCAAGCAAUUAUAAAAAAUAAAAAAAAUAAUAAUAAUAAGAAAGCUCUAAUUUCAAGAAUUUCAUACUUCAUUUUUAGUUUUCUUUCAUUUUUCCGGUAUUCUGUUCUUUUUUUCCUCCCCUGUUUUCUUUGUGGUUGAGUGAUGAACUGAAGGGUAAUAACACCUUGUUUUUUAGCAAACAUUUUCACAAUUGUUUUGUUUUUUGACCGUUGGAAUUAUAUUUUUAUAAUUAUUACAAAAUAUAGCAAUUUUUUCAUUAAAAUAUAUUAAAAAAACAUGGAAGGUGGUGGAGGUUUUGGUGGCUGUCAUGACAUGAUAUCUUUGCUUGAAAACUCCAACAACACUUCUCUUUGGCAUCCUUCUUCUUCUGCUCAUCAUGAUGUUUGAGGGGACACUCUUUCAAAGCUUCAUGCAUUUUUACCAUUCUUCCCCAUUAAGAAUAACAAUUCAUGUCAAAUUAUAUGAUUUAUUUAUUUAUUUAUGUAUUUAUAUUUUUCUUAUUUAUUUGUCUAAGUGUCCAUUAUUAUUUCGUGAAAGUGGAGUAAGAAAACCUUUUAUCUUGCUAGACUUUUUACAUUUAACAACCCACUUUUAGAUAAAUCAUUUUUAUAGUUUUUUUACCAAGGUCCCCUAUUGUGAAGCAUAAUUGAAUAUAAUUGGAUUUAUAUAAAAAUAAUAAUUUAUUACAUUAGGAUUCUAACAUUUUUUUGUUUGAACAAAGUCUCCUUUAGACUUUAGCGAUGUGCUCAUUUUUGUAGUUAAAAUUUUCUAACAAUUUUUUUUUCCCUGUAGCAAACGUUAUGAAUUUUGAUCAUGAACCACAACUAGGCCGAAUAGCAAACCCGAAAAUGAACAUUUGCGACGGAAUAUUAGGACGGCGAACCGACGCCGAGGACGCCGGCGGGGAAAACUCCAAAAACUCUGAGAAAAAAAGGAGGCUAACAGUCCAACAAGCUAAUUUCCUAGAAGAGAGUUUUGAGUUGGACAACAGGUUGGAACCCGAAAGAAAAGAGAAUUUAGCCAAACAGUCCGGGUUGCAACCAAGGCAAGUUGCGGUUUGGUUCCAAAACCGACGUGCUCGCUAUAAGACUAAACAAAUCGAAAAGGAGUUUGAUUCUUUGAAAGCCAACCAUGAUAACCUUAUGGUUGAUAACAAAGCUCUUAAGAUUCAUAACGACUCUCUUCACAAGGAAAACGACAACUUGAAAAUUGAGCUUGAAGUUCUAAGGAAGAAAUUAGCACAAUACGAGGAAAACGAAAUCUAUUUGGACCCGGAUAACAUAACCCAAACAUAUGAACCACCAACGAAUAUGGUAACGGGUCAAGAUGGUGUGGUGUUACAAGGCAUGAAACAAGUAGAAGGUGCGAGUUCAGGAAAGAGCGAUGUCUUUGAUUAUGAGAGCCCACAUUGCGUAGAUGGGAACCAAUCUACCGCGCCAUUAGAGAAUUGUUCAACCCUAAUUCGCGAUCCAGACGACAACUUAUCGGAUUUUGCACAAGACGAACAUUUGAUGAUGACGAGAACCUUGUUACUACCACAAACACCACCAACGUUCAACAAUUUUCUUAAUGUUGCUGCUGAUGAUGAUAACAGUAAUAAUUAUAAUUAUGACCCAAAUGCGGCAAAUUCUAAUAACUUGUCACUAGGUUUUGAUCAGACUUUCUGGUCUUGGGGUUAAAACUUAAAACCUUUACUUUACUAGCUAGCUAGCGCAGUAUAGCUCUUAUAUCUUUUUAAGUACUCCCGCCAUCAUCUUUAAGGGACGAAGGGGGUACUUUUCAUCUUACUCAUUUUGGUACUCCUUUCGACUAUAAUUUCCUUUAGUUAGUUCAUUAAUCAGUAUGUUUAAUUUCAUGCAACUAUGUUUCUCUUAAAUUAGUAGAAGUAUUAGUAUACAAUAAUAUUAAAACAUCAAUAAUAAUAAUAGUAGCUUCAUCUUUUUUUGGCCAUAAA